AUGUCCAGUGAAAGUGAUUCUGGAAGUCGACCUUCAGCAACAACAAUUAGUACUGUAGCUGUCCAGACAGGAGACUCAAGAAUUGUUGUAGCUGUACUGAAGUCAGGGACAUGUGUUGAGCUUCAGUUGGUUGAAUCAAUACCAAAUCUGCUUGAAAUUGGCAGCAAUGCAGAUGAAACCAGGAAAAUAUUGACUGAACAUGAGAUUCUUCUUGCUAAACUGAAGGCACAUGAAGGUGGUGUUCGGGAUUUGCUGCUUGAAGCUGACAAAACAGCAGAGGCCAAUAAAAACCAAAGCCAGCUGUAUGAUGAGAUGGGAAGAACUCUGGGAGUUAAUUGGACAACUCUCAACCAAUUGCUUGAAAAUCGAAAGAGACUUUUAAAAAUGGCCUCUGAGUUCUUUGAUCAAGCUUUAGAGUUUGCUAUAAAAAUUGAUGAAGCUGAAGAGUUUCUGAACAGUGCCCAAAUAUUUGAGGAUAUGGAAUCCUUGAAGCAACUUCUUCAUCAGCAUCAAGACCUUAAGAAAGUCCUUUUAACAAGCUCAAUGGUUCUUCUUAACAAAAGUCAAGAACUCCUUCAUGUAAUCAAAGAGUUCAAAAUCCCAGGACCGAAGGUACAUUCUGAGCUAACUCAUGGGGCUCACAACAGCUGUGUAAAAAUUGAGAGUCUAAUGGAACUGCUACAGGACAGGAGGAGACAGUUGGAGGAGCAAUCACAUCGUCAAAGACUGGACCUGGAGCGAAUUUUACAGAUCUAUGAAUGGGACCAGCAGGUAGACAAGGUGAUGCAAUGGUUCCAGCAUGAUGGUGAGACAUAUGUACAGAAUGAAACCUUAGGUUCAUCUCUGACUGAAAAUGAAUGGCUACUUCAGGAGCACCAUAAUGUUGAAUGUAAAGCCCAGGAAUUCACGUCUGUAGCUGAAAAGUUAAAAGCUGAAGCUGAUGAGAUUUUGCUGAUCGAAGACUUUACAGAUAAAGAACAGAUGGCAGCUCAAAAUCAGAAAUUGAAGCUGAUGUGUGAGAAGUUCUGGCUUCACAUGAAGGAACGAGAAUUAUUGCUCCAAGAGGCCCAUGAAUUUUUUGACAGUGCAAAUAAGGGAUUUGAUGUACUGGGAGGAUUAGAAAGUCAUCUGAAACACCUUAAUUUAAAGUCUCUGUGCUUGUCAGAACUCUCUAAAGAACAUGCUUCUGUGUGCCAGGCAAUCAAAGAUGCAACUUCAGAUGCUUUACUAAAGGGACAACUGCUCUUGAGUAAAAUUAAUCCCCAGAGAGCCACUGGAAUUCAGGAGAUGAUUGGCUACAUUCAACAGAGAGUAGAUCAUUUGACUGGACAAUGCUUUGCUCAUAAAGAGCUAGCUUUAAAGAAACAGCAAUUGACCACAUCCUUUGAUGAUCAAUUUGAAAAGGUCUCAGGAUGUCUCCAAGCAUACAGAUCACGCCUUUCCAGUACAUUAGAACCAGGUUCCUCUCUCUCUGAAAUUGAAGACAUUCUGAAUAAAUAUCUAGAAAUGGCUGAUCAGUUUAAGGAGGUAGAGAAUGAAUUAGCACACAUUACAGACAUCAUCAAGCAGGUAGAACUGUUUGAUGUCCCAGAAGUAAAAUUAUUUUCUGAGAGGUUUGUUAUCCUGAAUGCCGAAUGGAAAACAUUGUGUCGGAACCUGAAUAUACGGAUUGAACACUUGCAAUCUUAUAGGACAUUUCUAAAAGAAGCUGAAGAGGUUGAAGCAUCUAUGCGAAGUUUAGAAGAUUGUUUCCAGUCUCAUUUAACGAAGGAUAAUGAAGAAAAUGUCAGGUCAUUGUUGGAGCUUGCUGAUUCCAAAUGGCAGUUGGUCCUAAUGAAUUUUCUUUCCCUCCAAGAUCUGGGGUUCAACUUUAAGAGCACAGUAAAUAUGGUCAGUGGGGGCUUGAAUUUAAAUUUGCAACAAUCAGUAAAUGUCAUUGAAAAUACGAUUGAUCAACUAAAUAAGAGAAAACUUGCUCUCACAGAUCAGUGGACAAAUUACCAACUUGAGUUAAAUCAGAUGCAGUCUGUCAAAAAACAAUGGAAGAAAUUCAAAGAACAAUUUAAAAAGACAAUUCACUCUUUGAAGAUGCUGGAAAAAGACAUGAUUCCACAGUUUAGAAUUGACCUGGGUUGCAAUCUUGGGGCUAUUGUGGACCUGCAAGAUAAUUUCAAUAAAGCAAAACCUCAAUUGCAGCAGUUGAAUGCUGAGGUGGAAUACAGAAUAGCAAUAGCUGAGCUUUUGGCAUUGAAAGGUGUUUCCCUAAAGGAAAGAGAUGAAAAAGUCAUGGAGUUACAAAAUCUUCAUCAACAAGUUAAGGAUAAAAUAAAGGAAUAUGAAACGAUUUUUCUUAAGACAGUUAAAUUUCAUAAGACCAUUGAAGAGCUUGAGGACAUGAUGAAGGUCGGAGAGCUGGGAUAUCCAGAACUGUUAACAAUAUCUGACAGUAGCAGAGAAGCAAAGAUGCAACUUGGUCACCAUCGAGAAAAACAGUCACAUGUGAGCCAUUUGUAUAAAUUGUCCCUCACAUUAGCAAUGGAUAUCAUCUCCAUUACUCAGCAUUCUAGAUUCAUUGAGGCUUCGGUGGAUUCCCUGCAGCACAAAGUGAAAGCUUUAGAGAGUGAGAGUGCGCAGUGGAGUGCAAAGGCAGAUCAAUAUGGAGAAAAACUGGAAACAAAUUUGCAUUAUUGUACCAUGAAAGAAGAAAUAAAUGAGUUAAAGGAAUCCUACAAAGAACUCAAGAAGAAGUUUAAUAACUUGAAAUUUAAUUAUCUAAAGAAAAAUGAAAAGUUCCGCAAUCUGAAAGCUGUCAGAAAUCAAAUCCAGCAAGUUGAAAUAUAUACUGAAAGAUUUGAGAUAUUCAAAAAGAAAAUGAUUCAGUAUGUGGCAAAAGGCACUGCUGUACUGGAAAAGCAUAUCCCAAGAAUGGAAAUAAAUGUACUUGAAGAAUCCUUGAAUGAAGUGCAGAAACAAGUGAAUGAGCUUGACAGGACAGUGGAGGAAUACAAACAAAGCUUGGACAUGAUGAUGCAAUUACAACAGGCUAUGGAAGAGAGUCAAUUUUGGUGUGAGGAUGCAAGUGGUACAGUUGUUCGAGUUGGGAAGUAUUCUGCUGAGUGCAAGACAAAGGAAGCAGUGGGAAUUCUUUACAAGCAGUUUGAAAAGUUUAUGUGGCCUACCGUACCAGAACAAGAGAAGAGAAUCCAGCAAAUCACAGAAUUGGCAAUGCAGCUAUACGGUCCUGAAGAAGCAAAUAAAUUUGUGAAGAAAAUGGUAACAAAGUACAAUGAGAUUCUUGAAUCAAUAAAGGAACUUUGCAAUGGGUUAAGAGAGCUUGAAACAAAACUUCACGACAAGGCUGAAGCUUCAGAAAAUCCAGCAGAAAAUGCAAGUAAAUCAGGCGAAGCAAGAAAUUCUCAGCAGGAAAAACAGGUGGAAAUCAAUGAUUUUCAAUCAUCACCUGUUGAUGCAAACAUGCAAACGAUGGAGAGCCAAGAGCCAGGAAAAGUCACUAUGGCAUCAUUGAAACCUACUGUGGACUCACCUGAAGUUGCAAAAGAAACCAAAAAGCUAAAGGAAUCCUCUAUAAGUGUCUCAAAUCAUAAUCAAGUUGUAGGAUUACCCGCAGAAGACACCCAAGCAACAAAAGAUAGUGUGAAGAGCUACAGUGAAAGAGAGAUAUAUAUCCAAUGUUAUACCACCACCUUGUCCCAGCCAUUUAGAACCAAGCUGUCACAAUCAAAUUCGAUAUUUCCAUCAACAUAUUCCACUGAUUCUGAGAGAAGAGUUUUUGCCCUUCACCUCAUACAAAACACAUCGAAAGAGGCAAGGCUUCUCCCGACUGCUCUUGGGAACGAUUCAGAAAUAUCAGUGCCAAUUUCUUCUGCAGAUGAACAAAUGGAUGAAACGGAUAACAGGGGAACAUCGGAUAGUCAGACAGAACCGCAAAAUCACCCAUUGUCAUACAAUCAUCUUAUUCUUAAUCAAAACAUUGACCUUCAGCUACGUAAGGAUGAAUUACUGAAAACUCGAAUCUCUGACUCAGUUCCAGAAGAUCCAUAUUCACAAGAAGCUACUGAGCUAAUCCAUCCUUCCGCUGACGGCAGCACAGUGACAGAUGGAGAUCUGCAAAAUGAACUUUUAGUCGAUGAAAACCUGUCUGUUGAAGAAUACGAGUGCAUGUCUCCUGAUGACGUUUCCUUGCCUCCACUUCCUGAGACGCCUGAAUCGAACAUGCUCCAUUCUGAAACAGAAGUGGAUAAAAUGUCCAGAUUAAGUUCCCGCAGCCUAUAUGCUGGAUAUUUGACCGGCCAGCCACAAAUGCAAGCAAGCUAUAGUAGAAUGAUUGACAAUUCUGAUACACUAGCACCUGUUGGCACUGCUAGUGGAGUAAAUCACUCAAGACCACAAGUUUAUAGUGGAUUAGAAGGCAGUUUUGCAUCUCGUCCCAACCACAGCACUGAGCCCUGCACAAAAUACCGAUCCGAGUCUUUCUCUUGUAUCCACAGCCCACUGACAAUUCCUGAACCUGGUAUUGUUUCGAGCACCCUUUCACAUAUCUUAAAAUCCCAAAUGGUAACUAAUUCAUCAGCCUCUGAUUCCUUCUGUGAAGUGCAUGAGACUCAGCAACAGACUUAUAAUUUGCAUGAAAGUGUGACUGAAGGGCAGGAGUUGUUGCAUGAUCAUAAUAGGAGCUGUCUUAGAAAAGAAUUGAUGCAUGAUGCAGGGCAUCCAAUGGAUACUGUCAUCCAUGAGGAAAUCAGACAUACAUCAAGAACCGGAGCCAUGUGCCACUUGUCUGGCAACACACCCAACUUCUCCAAGCUCUUGUCUAAUGUCAAUGUGGUAGAAGGUUCUCCUGUGACCUUGGAAAUAGAAGUUACAGGAUUCCCAGAACCAACUUUGAUGUGGUACAAGAAUGGACAGAAGCUGACAACAGAUCAGCAUUUAAACAUUUCACAAAAGGAAGGCAAACACAUUCUUUUCAUUGAGAAGGUGUCUGAUAAAGAUGCUGGCAUUUAUGUUGCACGAGCUAAAAAUUCUAAUGGUACUAUCAGUUCCAGUGCUAUCCUUCAAGUACAAGUGAUGGGUCAACAUGCUCCUAAAUUUAUACAAAAAUUUGGCAACUCCGUUUUAAUGAAAGGAGAUGAUCUAAUACUCCAUUGUGUUAUAUCAGGUCAACCAGAACCAAGUGUUACAUGGUUAAAAGAUGAUGAGAUAAUUUCGCCCCCAAAAUCUAAUAGACAGCAUUUUGGUGAAAGUCAUGUAUUCACGAAAAGAAAUAUCGGCCCAGCUGACACUGGAAUGUAUAGUUGCAUUGCCAGAAACAUAAAAGGACAAGUGUGCUGUUCAGCUUCUGUAAUCGUUACAGACAAAAUUAUUGGGAAGUUAUCUAACAUUAGUAAGGAAACUCCAGAAAAGAGUCACGGAGUAAUGACAAAGCCUGUUCCAUUUACAAAUAUUUCUGAACAUGGAGCACCUUGUGACCAAAAUAAUCAAAACUCAGAGAUUGGACAAACAUGGUCAAGUACAUAA